GGACCGCCUCUCUCCUCCCGUCAAAAUUCGGGUGUUGUCGUCUCGAAGCGCCCUGUCGGAGGAGGAAAAGGAACGGCGACGGGAACUCGCACUGGCUAGCGUUUUGACAACAAGGGGGCAAAAAAGGGAGAAAAAAAAGUCAAAGAUAAUUCAAUAUUAAUAGUAAACGUCAGCGGAAAGUGAAAGCGGCGCGACUCUGCAGCCUUGAAGUGGGCGGACUGUGUGUUUUUUGUCCUUUUUUUCCAGCUGGCUGUCCACUGUGUGUUGUAAACACGUUAAGUGUACACUUCAGUAGUUGUGACAUUGUGCUACAGAGCUGAGGGAAAGGUCUCCUCCCAGCGUGUGUUGACGGAUACACCUCGACCCAGUGCAGAGACACGGAAAGACCUGAGCGUACGUUAACCACCUCGGCCAGUGUCGUUUGAUUGCCCAGGAUGUCUUCAAAGGCUCACAGUUCCAAUAACAUCGCCCAUGCCAGGCGGACCGUGCAACAGCUGAGGAUAGAGGCCAGCAUCGAAAGGAUAAAGGUAUCCAAGGCCUCGGCGGACCUUAUGACUUACUGCAACGAUCACGCCAAAAACGAUCCCCUCCUCAUGGGCAUCCCCGCCUCAGACAAUCCCUUUAAGGACAAAAAGCCCUGCACUAUAUUGUAGGGGGGAUACCACUCUGCCUUUAUGGGUUUCAUUUUUUUGGCUUAUUAAUGUUGCUGUGUUCUGUUUGUCGGGGUGAGUGAGGGGUGGGUGGACUGUGAUCGUAUCGUUACCGCGGGCUCGUCUUUUUGUGUUAACAAAUUACUGACGCAACCAUGUUUUGUUUUGUCUUUCUCCAAAACGUCCUUUUGUACAGAGCACAGAAAGUGUUCUGCGGCUCCAACCCUCAAGUCUUUAAUCACUGUGCCACUCUUCGGUCUGCUACUAUGACCAUUACCAAACCUUUGGCUGCAUGAAUUAACAUGACAACAGGCACAUCCUGGAGUCACGGGUGGUCCUCAGUUUAGUGAGUUAUCUUAUUGGAAAGCGACUGUUAUCAUCUCUCAGCGGCGGGUUCAUGCAGUACUUUAAAAAAUAUACUUUAACAGUUUUGACUUGCAGCCUUUAAUGUCCGGUUCGGAUGGCGGUUCAGAGUCGGGGUUUUUCAGUUGAGCUUGUACACCUAAAGUUACCAGGCGUUCUUGACAAUCCACAUUCUGUGUAAUCUACAGUGAGGUGAUCAUCAGAUUGAAACCUCAGGUUCAGACACGUUUCUUUUUUCUUUAAAGUGUAUUUUUUUAGUCUAACACCAUCUUUGCUCUGGAUAUUAAAUACAAUGAACUCCCAGUUAUCGCGAGGAUACUUUCUAGAUCCGACCCGCAAUAGGUAAAAACUUUCGAUAGAGAGAGAGAGACCAUAUCUUUAGCAUAUCAUAAUAGUAAUUUUUGAAUGUUUUUUUUUUUUUGUAAAAUAAGACAAAAUAACACAACAGUGUCCAGUUGCCUUGAUUAAACCUUUGCUGAUUACUGUGACCUGAAUGACGGAGAAUCUACACAAACAAAAAGAAAAAAAACCAACACCAUUUUUGUGCAUUGGUAUUUUUUAUUGAUAUUGUGACAGCAAGUUGAAAAUAAAUUUGACAAAUAUGCUGUUAGGGUAAUGGUUCGCAAAACAAAGUUUUAAUCCUUUUACACACUUUAACACAUUUCAACUUAAAACACACCCUUUAAUGUUUUCCUUAAUGCCUGUUCUCGGUCUCUUGUCGCACAGUCCUCCCCAAAAUUGGCAAAGCGGGCUCGACCUUCACUCCCAGUUGACGUUACCUUCUACAUUUAAACACCAAAAUGUUCAACCAAACCUUUUACUUUCAUCUAACAAAAGUCUGCUAGCGUAAUGCUAACAUAUAAUGCAAAACACCUCAGACGGGCUAAGGAAAAUUAGUAUAGAUGUUACAGUAAUUUUAAACUUUCAAAUAACUGCUACUUACACACAUUGAGCAGCAACACAAACAGAGAGGCUUUGUGGAAAUGUUGACUAUUACUGCAGCUUAGUAGGGCACCUUCUCUGUCUCUUCUUCCGGCUGUUAAUUAUGCUGCAUCUCUUCUAGUAGACCUCAGUGCUGCCAGGCAUGUUGUGGCACAACAUGGUACUAUACUGAAGACGCGCAACUCUAAAUUUGGACUAGGCUGUACACUGUAAAAAGCCAUAAAAAAAAAAACAGUCGCUUAAAAACCCACUAUAUAGCGGGGCUUCACUGAAAAUUGUUGUCUGUAUGUAAAAUUCAGAACGUAAAUGUCUCUGGAUUAUUUCAGCAUAGAAAUUCAUUUGUCAGGGAACAUACUUCUAAUACUGUGUAAUUGUGACAUUAAACUUGUGGGACCAAACCAAUAAGGCAGCCUUUAAAACCACCUACUGUGCAUUUCCCAACAGUGGUGCAGUUCAGCUCACUCUGACAAAGUGUGUGUUUCCAGGAUUCCAGUUUCGAAUGUAAGCGCUAAGCUGACAGCUUCGUCAGUGAGGUGAAAAAAAAAAAAAAAAAAAAAAAGACAUCAUAGCAGUGAAACACAGUUUAACGCGUCAAUGAAUGUAACAAAGAACAAGACCAUUUAUCAAAAUCCAAAUGCAUUCCUCGUGAUUAUUCUCUGUCGACCAAUCAACAGACAGCAGUGCCCAGCUCAUCCUGUAUUAUUUGUUGCAUUCAUUUAACGUUUUUUUUUUCCCCCUCCGUAAAUUUUUUUUAUUUGAAUGUGUCAGCUUUUUGUUCAUUAAUUUCAUUAAAUAAUCAGUCAAUUCAUUGAUUGUAAAUAAUAAUUCAAUAAAAUGAACCAUUUUAUGUAUACAUUUCACAUACAUUUACAUACAUUUGUCAUUUAUUUUAUUACAUUCAGUGGUGCUUUGAGAUAUAAAUGCCUUGACUUACAAGUUUUUCGAGGUACGAGCCAUCACUUAGCCAACUUUUUUCUUUGUCUUGAGCUAAGAGCAAACAUUUGAGAUAAGAGUGUGCGUCAGACCCCAUAACAUUCAGCUGCCAUCAAUUGACAUUGGUUUCCUUGCAGUGGAAUUCAUGAAAGAAACAAUUUUACAUGUUUACAUGCACGUUUUUAUUUAUUUUGUUUUAUUUAAAAAAAUUUUUACCUAAUCUACAAAUGACCCAGACUUCUGUCCUUUUUUAAAAAGUCAAACCUGGCCCUUGAGCACAAAUGUUUUCCCACCCGUUAUCCUUUACAAUUUGAUAUCCCUUUGGGAGGGUACCAAAAAAUGACAAACCUUAUGCUGAACUGUGCUAAUUACUGGAAACGUGUACGUCCUAGUGUCAAUUGUGAGGUUGUGGUGGUCAAUUGAACAAAACGAAAUGGACGCAACCACUCUUCUCACUCUUUGACAGCCUUACUUGCGCUUGCCUUGUAUUCUGAAGAACACGUACUGGGAGAACUGUGUUUCUAUCAAGUUUUUUUUUUAUCGGCAGGAUGAAAGUCAUUUUUAACAAUUACUGUAACGUGCCAUCUUUGUGUCUAUUAUGUGUGGUGCAAAACUUCUAUCUCGUUAGACUUGCCUGGUGCUUCUCUUUUCCGCAGUUCUUGUUAUCUGUGUUUUUUUAAUUUGUCCUCUAACAGUCAAUUUCCCUUAUUUGCAAUAAUUCCCAUAAACCUGUUAAGAAAUGUUGAACUUACCACUGCCAUGUCAUCAUUUCUGUCCAUUAAGCAACUGUGCCAUUUGAUAGAGUAACUGUCAAAUGUGACUUUUGAGGAAGUUCUUUAUUAUUAUUAUUAUUAUUAUUAUUAUUAUUGGUGAUAAUAAUAGUGUCGGCCUUUGUAUGAAGAUGAAGCAAGUGAAGCAUUCCUGUCAUUGUUCUAAUAUCUCAAUAAAGACGUGUUGUGUCAGAG